AUGUGUGAGAGUUGGAAUGCAGUUCUUGUUGAAGCAAGGGAUAAGCCAAUCAUAAUCAUGUUGGAGUGGAUUAGAAGACACCUAAUGCUAAGGUUCCAAUGCAAGAGAGAAUGGAUGCUAGCACAGGGUGAGUUAUUAUGUCCAGAAGUACAAAAUCAUUUGAAUAAAGUUAAACUUCAAGCUAGAAUGUGUAAUGUGCAAUAUGCUGGUGAUAAAAAAUAUGAGGUACAAUGCUAUGGCAUUAGUGAGGCAGUUGACAUUGAGAAUAAAUCAUGCAGUUGGAGGGUCUGGAAUGUGACUAGUAUCCCUUGUAGGCAUGCCGUAACAUGCAUAUUUACCAAGAGGGACUCUCUUGAAGCAUACGUUCACCCAUACUACCACAGAGAAGCCUAUUUGAAGUCCUAUGCUGGUAUAAUCUUGCCAAUUCCAAUGGGGAGGUUGAUGAAAACAGACCCCAUUCACCCAUUACUUCCACUAUACUAUAGGAAACCCACUGGUAGACCAAAGAAGAAAGACGACCCAGACGCUCGCCGGAAAGACCAGCCGCGAUUACUGGAGAAUAAAGGACAAGUCUCAAACCGGCGGCCGAAGGAAAACCCAGUCGAAAUCGCCGGAGAAAAACAGCGACCUUGA